AUGAGUGUCAACGAGCUUUUUCGGCAUUUGCCCAACCCAAUCCCGGGUAACGACAACGAACUUCAGGGCACCCAUGUCGACGAUGGGCAUGCUGGCUCUCAGUACAGCGAACCCAGCCUUCCUAGCGGUGGCAACGGCUCCUGGCAAUACAGCACUUCGACGAACAAUGCUGGUGGAUACCAGAACCACCAAUACACAGGAAUCCCGAUUUUCCCACAGCCUGAUCCUGUUGAAAACCAAUACCCCCAGCAGAUUGAUCCUGGGGACUUCUUGCCGGAUACUAUACAGCAUCAUGGCCCUCAGUCCGAAGCUAGUCCCAUCAACCCUUCUCUUCCCGAGGGAGGUAUGAAACAAAAUGAGGUUGGGCACGACCCCAUGCUUACUCACUGGAGUCAACCCCAGUCACAACCCCAGUCACAACCAUACAACAUGAACACUGUUGUCCCUGGACGCGAAUCGAACGAUUACAGAAUGAGCAAUCUCCAACACCAAGUCAUUGCUCCCUAUGCAUCGCCGGAAAUUGCUGCCCACAAAUCCACACUAAGACAGCCAGGUGGUACCUUGUACAACACGCAGCCAUGUUAUGGAUACCUGUACUUCGAACAAGAACCGUGGAACAACCAUCACAUAGAUCUGGGCCAGCAGCCAAGCAAUCACACUGUCUUAGUAUCCAAGGACCAUCACUCCGAACCAGAAGCUCCAUGGUCGUCGGUGAACACACACCAAGAUCAUCGGCAGAUGUUGGCGUCGACAGUGAGCAGCUUGGUGUAUAAGAUCGGCUCAAAUGAAGCUGGGUGUGCCAACGGCGAUAAUGGUGGUUCUUCGAGCUUGAACAACUCUAUUCCGAAUCGACAUUGGAUGCAGCCUAACACCGAUACUUUUCGCGGUGAUAAUAACCAGGCAAACAACCGGACGAACCAUCAAGAUCUCUUAUCGGCACAGCUUAGUCGACGUGAUCAGAGCUUCAGGCAGUGCUCGACAAUGUUCCAAUAUAUGUCCUAUGCACCAAUAGGCAAUGUAUCGCAACAUAUCCAUGUCCAGAAUAGAUUGGUAGACACAGCCGAUGCGAAGUAA